AGCUGCUCACACUCACACGUUUACGAAUUAUUCGACGAGUCGGUGCCGAAAUAAAUAGAAAUAUUUUGAAUAUUCUUAAAAUAAACGAACCUUCUGUGAGAUUCACAAGUGCGUCGGAGCAGCGGAGCUUGCUACUCAGUGGGAUCAACUCAUAUAGAGCCGGAGAACCAGAAAAAACCACGGACUUUGCAACAUGCCUCUGCCUACGAGCUCAUUUUCCCAGCAGGGACCAACGUGCUUCGAUAAAAUGAAGACGGGCUUCAUCAUCGGAUUCUGCGUGGGCAUGGCCAGCGGUGCAGUCUUUGGCGGGUUCUCGGCACUCAGAUACGGAUUACGCGGCCGGGAGCUGAUCAACAACGUGGGCAAGACCAUGGUCCAGGGCGGCGGAACCUUUGGCACCUUUAUGGCCAUCGGCACGGGGAUUCGCUGCUGAUCCUGCUGGCAUUUGACUAGAGUUACUAAACAACCACAACCUUAAGCCCUACUCCAAUCGUGUUUAAAUUACGCUAAGUUAUUGCAAUAGAGAUGUUACAGAAUUAC